AUGGAUUUGAACAAAGACCAGGCAGCGAAGCCCCGCCCGAGACCUCUUCCAGGGGUGCCCACGACAGCGAGCUCCCCCCCUCAGAGACCAAACACGCCAAUCCUUGGGAACUCGACAUCUACCAUCCCUGCCAUCAACUUCUAUGGCGCAGAAACGCAGCCACCACCAUUGCCACUGCGCCCAAAGAAGUCUGGUUCGUCGCACACGAUGGCCUCAUUCAUACCACCAUCACAAUCGACCCCUCUCGAAGCGCACGAUUUCCGAGAGCCUGAGUUGAUAAAGGACGAUGAAGAAGCCCCGCCACUGAUCUCGGAGGACGCUCCUUGGCCAGUAUAUGACCCCAAUCCAUGGGCCUACAACGCUUCCAAUUCGAGCGGUUGGACUGGGACGGAUUGGGCGACAACCUCGGAUAACCGUGCAGACGAGAUUCGGUUGCCUCCAGCGUACGGCAAGACGGUGGACAUCGAUGGCAGGGAGCCAGAUGAAGAGCUGAAUUGGUGGGAUCCUACGGUACGCAAGCGCCCUGGCCCAGGGAUGCUGCCCCCUCUGCUUGCGGAGGAGCUUCAUAAUUCCGAUCACACGCUGUAUUCUGUAAGCGUUAAGCCGCCAGACGUGAAGCCAGUGGAACAACCUGUUCAGCCUGUCCCAGAGCCCACUGCAGGUAGGAGUAGCUCGCCUCCCAUAGCCCGAUCUUCGAGCUCUACACCUCCUCCUCCUCCACCCACUGACGACGAUGUACGUACGUCUGUACCGCAUCCGAACGCGUACUACUGCCCAAAGGAGAAUGGCUGGGUCAUUCUACAAUGGAAAUCAUCAUCGGUACUUCCUCCUCUGGACCAAUCAUUUCUCGACUCCGAUCACCCACCGCUCCCUGAUCAGAAUCGGCGUAAAGCUACCGUUUCUUGCAUAGACGACGGAGGGUACAAUUCGAAUAAGACCCAUCACUUCCACAAAUACCCAAGAGCAGUGAAUUCGUUAAAACUCACCCCCCCAUUUCGCAGCGCGCCGUGGCAAGUCGAAGAGAAACUCAAAAACAGGCGCCGCGCAGUUUCGGUCACGGAACCAGUCGACAUGGACGCGGAAAUGGACGAGGAAGCGGAAGUUACUCUCGAGGAUGAUGGAGAGUUACUGGAUCUAUAUAUGUGUUGCCAGUGCUCCUUGUAUUGUGUGGCAUCUAGCGUCAUCCCUGGGGUCAUCCCGCGGAAAUUUUGGGAAGAAUUCAUCAAGGAGAAGAAGAACAGUCCGCCCCCUGGCAAAUCCCCUGAGGCCUCUGUGGCCAACGCAUGGGAUACGAUCGUCAUGGUCAUCGAAAAUAGACUUUGGAAGGGCGAAAACCGUAUGUUGCGCGUUACCCGCCCUGGCUUUCGAUCCAAGCUGGGCUGGAGUGUUAUUGUGAAGAAAGUCUUUGAGACGCUUGGGUUCAUUGACCAACUUCUCCCUGGGGAGGAACCAGCACUGAGGCCACCUGCCACUGAUAUCGUCACCCCGCAGGGCAGACAAAACCGUGCCAAACUGCUUCGAGCCUGGGUCGAGAUCAGCGCUUGGACUGUUGUCCAUAGACGAUUAUUUGCGAAUACUCUAAAGGAACACAAAGGUUAUGCCUUAUCCGUAACUGUCGACAGUGCGAGGGAGAUGUAUCAAACUGCCAUCGGCGCGCAUCCAGAUCAGAUUCCUCGUGGCAAUCUUCACGAAAAUCUGCAGCCAGUAAUGCAUCAUUUGGAGGCCGCGUGGCGGCAGUUGGGUAUGACGCAGUCGUCCUACUCGUCCGAAUUACUCGCCUUCGCGUAUCUCGCUCAGUGUCGGUGUGAUCCGAAAGGGACCAUGUCAUACUUCUCACACUUCUCUAACAUGAUCAAAAUAAUGGAAGAGAAUCGUCUCUGCCCACAAGAUCUCCAAGACCUUUUCAUGCUCGAACGGUCGAGAAAGCGCUUCGCAGAGGACGAGGUUACAGAGGCCGCGAGGAUACUUGGAUUCGGGCACGACGGGCCGCUCAAAGUGGAGUUCGAUAAUGAGAUAGAUGCUGAGUUUAUCGAGAACGCUUGGAAGGAUUGUAUCCGCCGGUCAUGGCAUGAUCCCGGGGGGAGCCAACUCCAACGUGACGCGACGGAGGCCUUGCGGGUUCUUGCCGAGUAUUUAGGGAAUCGUGCUUUGCACCGGGUUUGGGAGGAGAAGAAAGACAAGCUGAUGGAUCCGAGUAAGGCGUAUGACAUCCUUGAAAUUCCCAGUGGUGUCGACGACACCAUGCUCAUCACCGUAUACACCUUGCGGCUCGACGAACAGCCUCAUCAGGUGGAGAAGAUGAAGGAAGCACUGAGUGUCAUUUCAGAAAUCAGAGAUAGCGAACGCUUGCGGCGCUUCCUGGCCACCGGCGCUGACCCAGGAGAAAUCGUAGCGCCCACGCGUCCCGAUAUCCCUCGAGGGUUGAACCAACUUGGUAAUACUUGUUACCUGAACUCACUGCUCCAGUAUUUCUACACGAUACGAGAUCUCCGAGACUCCGUCGUGCAGAUGGGCCAACAAUACUCGAAAGCACUAGAGGACGAGAAACUCACCGAUGACGAUCUCAAGAAACACCGUGUUGGCGGUCGUCUCGUAACACGCCGGGAGAUUCAACGGUCAAAGAAAUUCAUCAAGCAACUGGCCGAUCUCUUCGUUGACAUGGAGUUUGCUGAAGCUGCUUCGGUUACGCCUACAGUCGAAUUGGCUAAGCUAGCACUGGUGACAUCCCGAGACGAAGAAGAAGAUGAGGCAGACAGGGGCGGCACCGAAUCAUCAAAUGAUACGGACGCGACGUUAGUGGAGGACGGGCCAUCACGGUUCGUAUCUGAGCCUUUACCAAUAUCUCCACCUUCUCCGUCUCGGUCACCCAAUUCAAUACUGGGUAAACGAAAUAGAGGUCUAGAGCGCGAAAAGACCGAAAUGGACGUGGACAGCCCUCCUCCGUCGUCUUCCUCCUCACGGCAGGACCACGAUAGUUUCGUCACCGUGCCUUCCCGUCGUUCGUCUGGGUCCCCGGCCGGCACAAAUGAAAAUGAGAUAUCGACGGAAGUGGGUGGUACCCCCUCCAAGACCCCCAUUGAUAACGAAGGUGACGCCAUCAUGUUAAACGAUGUACCUCCGAAGCUGGUAUCCGCCAAAAAGCCCCCACCACCUUCUGAUUCCGUUAUGAUGUUCGGAAAACAGCACGAUGUCGCUGAAUGCAUGGACAAUUGUAUGUUUCAAAUCGAGACGGCAAUGCUCAAGUUUGGAUCGCUAGGAGGAUCCCAGGAGGGAGACAAGACUAGCAUCGUGAAGAGAUUAUUCUACGGCAAAAUACGACAACGGGUGGCCGUCGCCGCGGAAUCACGUUCAUCCGUUCAUGAGAAGGAGGAUUUGUUUUCACAUUUGCCUGUAAACGUUGUACACGACGGCGUGGAUAUUUACGACGGUCUGAGCGGAUACUUCGACGAUACCGUGGAGUUCGAAGGCAAGAAGGCUCGAAUGGAAGUCUCAUUAGUCGAGCUGCCACCCCUACUACAGAUUCAAUUACAGAGAGUGCAAUUCAAUAGGGAGACACUUCAACCUUACAAAUCCCAGGCCUACGUCAAAUUCGGCGAGACGAUUUAUAUGGAUCGCUUCUUAGACAAUGUCAAUCCGCAGAAGAAAGCUCUGUCGAAACAAAUACAGGCCGAACUCGACACGUGUAGAGAGCGGAUACGAAGUCUCUUGCAGGGCAAGUGUGGACCGUUUGCGACUUCAUUAGAGAAGACUUCCCAUUUCCUGUCCGACCUUAAAGCGGCAGCAUUGCCGGGCAUAGACGACGCUACCGUCCAAACUCUUCGGGACGAGCAGGAUACCGUGAAUAAAGAGGUAGACGCCCUCCGCGGUCAAGCUGAUCACUUAAAAGCCCGGCUUGAAACGAUCUGGGAGGAUGAAAAACAGGCCGCCUAUGAACUAACUUCUGUCUUCAUACAUCGGGGCUCGUCUCCAUCCUGGGGCCACUACUUCUUCUAUUCUAGGCACCUUCCUGAACAACCGGAUGCAUGGUUCAAGUACAACGACUCGGAUGUCACGGAGGUUUCUAAAGAUGAGGUGCUCGCUGACACAACUGGAUCAACUGCCAAUCCAUAUCUGUUGGUAUUCGUUCGCCGGGGUUCCGAAGUUGUCCACACAGUCAAGCGAUCAUUCAAACCGUCCGAAGAAAUGGCAUGA